AUGGAGAUGAAGCUGACGAUUAAGAGGGUUCCGACGGUGCUGUCCAACUACCAGGAAGAAGGAGGCGGGGGCUGCGGCAGGAACUGCCUCGGGGAUUGCUGCUUGCCUGCUUCCAAGCUCCCCCUCUAUGCUUUCAAGGCCGACCCAAAGAAGCCUGCGCAGGAUGAUGAGCUCCCUACCGAGUUCUUCCUAAAUUCUCUCCUCCUUGCACAGAUUUCAGAACUUUAUCAGAUGUUUCCUUUGAGGAAUAAGAAUGAGACCUCAUCCCUCGUAACUCUUAAGCAUAAGUGGGAGGACAGGGUGGCCCGAGGCCUAUUCAGAUAUGACGUAACAGCCUGCGAGACCAAGGUGAUUCCUGGCGAGCUUGGGUUUGUUGCACAGCUUAACGAAGGCCGCCACCUCAAGAAGCGCCCGACCGAGUUCCGUGUUGACCGUGUGCUCCAGCCAUUCGAUUCUGCCAAGUUCAACUUCACCAAGGUUGGCCAGGAGGAGGUUCUCUUUCGCUUUGAGAAAGGUGGUGGCGACAGCAGCUAUUUCCUUGAAAAUGCCCCAAGCACUGAGGGUGACCAUGCUCCCAGCGUUGUUGCAAUCAAUGUGAGCCCUAUUGAGUACGGUCAUGUGCUUCUCAUUCCACGUGUCCUUGACCGCCUGCCUCAGCAAAUUGAUCCUGAAAGCUUCCUGCUUGCACUACACAUGGCAGCUGAGGCUGCAAGCCCAUACUUUAGGCUUGGUUACAACAGCUUGGGUGCCUUUGCCACCAUCAAUCAUCUCCACUUCCAGGCAUACUACCUGUCAGUACCUUUUCCUGUUGAGAAGGCGCCUACCAAGAAGAUCCCCCUUGCCAAGUGUGCGCUGAAUAGUGGAGUGAAGGUGUCAAAACUGACAAAUUUCCCCGUGAGAGGUCUGGUGUUUGAGAGAGGGAACACACUGAAGGAUUUGGCUGAUGUGGUUACCAACGCUUGCAUUUGGCUCCAGGAGAACAAUGUUCCUUUCAACGUCCUCAUCUCUGAUUCCGGUAGAAGGAUCUUCGUUUUUCCUCAGUGCUAUGCCGAGAAGCAGGCUCUCGGUGAAGUGAGCCAGGAUCUGCUAGACACGCAGGUGAACCCUGCAGUAUGGGAGAUCAGUGGCCACAUUGUUCUGAAACGGAGGACGGACUUCGAGGAGGCUUCAGAAGCAUCAGCCUGGAGGCUUCUCGCUGAGGUGUCUCUGUCGGAGGAGCGAUUUGAGGAGGUGAAGGCAUGUAUCUUUGAGGCCACCGGCCUCACUGAAUCUGACGAGGAAGAGGAAUCCAGUGAGUCUCCUUAUGCAUCGUCAUCCUCCGUCCCACGAGCCUCUUCACACAUGUCGGAAGGUUGCCUUGUCCUUCAAGCAUUUGUGGAAGAGCGCGGACAUGUCGCGGUCCUAGGCACAGGCGAAGUCGAUGCACAAAGUCUCAAUCCCAGGCACAGUCGCAGAGAUGCACAAAUGGCCUGCUGGUUGCAGUUUGGAUGUUGGACCUGCAUCCAAAUCCUGGCCCCGAGCCAAGCCUGA